AGCGAGGUGUCAUUUUGUGGAUUUUUUGUGGAAUACACUAAACUGAACUCCGACGAAGCUCUGAGCCGUCUGUCGAGCCUUUCAUCGCCGCCGUUACGACCAAGUGCAGCACUAACGUUGCAGCCGGCGGAGACCGACAGUCUCCGACAGAGACACCGACACGUCCGCCCGUCGGUAGUCGAGAGACGCUCUCGCCACUUUCGACUUCGCCACGCACCGCGCAUACCCGCUACGGUUUUUUUUUUUUUCCACAACUUUCAAAAUAUUUCGUCCAUGGGCAACAAGUUGGCGUCGUCGGGGGAGCAGCGAGUAUCCCGAGUCAGCAGAUUCAUCAAACCCACGCGCCGGUCGCAGUCUCCGGGUGGCUUAAUGUCUCCCUCGUCGCCGUCACUGCAACAACCGAGUCACCACAAACACAAACGCCGUUCUCGCUCGCAGAGUGAAGGCGUGACGAGCGAUUGUGGCACGGUGAUUUCCACUACCGACUCGCAGCUACCACGAGGUUCGAACUCGAGUGAAAAAGCCAUGACCCCCUCGUUGCCACUGGAUCCUACCACCGAAGAAGAAGAGCUUUCCAACAGCUCAAGCAAAAGAAGUGAAAAUGCCGCCGACCAGGCUCGACGCAUCCACGAGGCGGAGAAGAUUUUGCUUGAAAUUGCAAAAGAGUACGCGGCGAAAAGAGCCGCCGGACUGGUGCCCACUAAGCCCGUGCCGGCACGGACAUUACUGUGGGAAGAGAUGGAGAGAAGAGCACAGCGGGCACGAGCAAGAGUCGGUCGACGAGGCUCGUGUGUCUUUGGCCGAGACUCAGAGGAAGGGCCGUGUGGCUGCACGAGCUACAAGAAGAUGAAAAGGCUUCCUGACGGACGGGAAAAUGGUGGCGGCGUGUGCGAGUGCUGUAAACACGGAGCUCCGUGGCACCGGCUUACCGGGGGAACAAUGGCAAGCGGCGUCACCAGUAUGCGGUCCUCUCUCCGUUCCCGACGGACGAACAGCCGCAAUAGUCGCAGCGGGAGCGGUCUGCCGCAGGAUAGUUCGUUGUAUUCCCUUGGCAGUGAUUAUUAUGAUGAAUACGACGACGAGUACGAUGAGGACGAGAGUGAAGACGACGAGGAUAUUGCCAACGAGGUGGCAAGGCCCUAUGGCAUGAUGGAAGAUCCGACCCCACCGCUAGUGCACACGCCCUCUCGCAGCGAAGGCGACGCUUUGGAUCGCAGCUCGCUCUUCUCGAACGGAGAUAGUUUCGGACUCCCACCGAGGCUUUCUAGUACGAGUCGCCAUCUGGAUAAGCUGCUGAGCGCCAUCGCAAAGUAUCGUGCCAUGGGACUCUGUGAAGACGAGAUUGAGCUUAAAAUUCGAGAGGACUUCCCGCCCACGGAGCACGGUGGCAAAUCUCGAGCGAGUCGGUGAGCAAGGAGAGUGUAACAUUGUAAAUGACUGUAGAUAGCAAUAGAAGCCCGCAGUUUUGGAGAAUUUUCUUAUCUUCCGACCUGUCAUGGUAGAUUUCCGUAGAUUUCAGCUGGCAAAAACGAGAUGACUCAACGCCGGCAAAUACACUGGAAAGUUGCGGCCACAAAAAUCCACUGGUAGGGUAACCACAUGAAGUACUAUUACUGUAAAUGAAUCUCAAUAAAUUCAGUCUCUCC